AUGUCGACGGAACCAGUUGAAACCGAGCUUAACAAUAAGCACGAAUCACAUUUGGAUGAAAAUGAUUUGUCAAAUUCAGACAUUGUCACCAAAUAUCGCACUGCCUCAAAUAUAGCUAACGCUGCUCUAAAGAAUGUUCUAGCAGCUGUUAAGCCAGGAGUGUCUGUGAAAUCUUUGUGUGAAGUGGGAGAUGCCACUAUGUUGGAGGAGACCAACAAGUUGUACAAUAAGAAGGAACAUGGCAGAAAGGUUGAUAAAGGAGUUGCAUUUCCCACUUGUGUUUCAGUUAACGAGUUAAUUGACUACUUUUCACCCAUGGACGACUCACUAACCGUCAAGGAGGGUGAUGUUGUUAAAGUCACUUUGGGGUGUCAUAUUGAUGGUUAUGUUGGACUGGUUUCACAUACUGUUUAUGUUGGUGAAACAGUCAAGGGGAGGGCUGCCGAUGUCCUUAAGGCGGCUUGGUUGUGCUGCGAGGCAGCACUUAGGAAGCUUAAGACCGGUGUUUCAAGCCACGAAGUGUCAAAGGUGAUAGAAAAGGUUGCCGCUGAGUUUAACUGUACUCCCCUGAUUGGCUUUUACAGCCACGAGCUUAAGAGGCACGUGGUGGAAGGAGCUAGGUACUUUUCAGGAAGCACCAAGCUUGAGGAUAAGACUGAGCCCAUAACAUUCGGGACUAAGGAAGCCUACUCCUUGAACGUAGUGUUGACUACGGGAGACCACAAGCCUAAAACCACGGAACUUCCCACUACUGUGUACAGAACUGACGUCCAGAACAGGUAUACACUCAAAACUUCACUGGGAAGGUCCUUCAUGUCCCAAGUCAACUCCAAGUUCCCUGCCUUCCCCUUCCACCUCAAGUCAUUUGAGGAUGAAAGGGCACUCAAGGUAGGACUUCAGGAGUCACUGAGGCAUAACCUCCUGAAGCCAUACUUUGUAACCUCCGUUAAGCCCGGAGAUGUUGUGGCUCACUUCAGGUUCACAGUACUCUUGUUACCAACCGGAACUAAGAAGAUUUCCGGCCUACCCUUCGAACAACUUGAUAAGUGCAACUCAGAACUUUCAGUUAAGGAUCAAGACCUACUCACGCUCCUAUCAGCUCCGGUGAAUCCUAAGAAGAAAAAGGCAACUAAGGAGGAGGAAUCAUCUUGA